AUGGCGGCUGCUCCGCCGCUCUCCAAAGCUGAAUAUCUGAAGCGUUACUUGUCAGGGCCCGAGGCAGCUGUAGUUGAGGGGUUGGAGGCUAGUCGUAAGCGCCGAAAGAAACGGCUGAAGCAGAGUGGUGCCGGAGGCAAAGGAAUGAGGAUUGUGGACGAUGAUGUGAGCUGGGAAAAUAUUUCAACUAAAACAGAAAAAGAAGGGGAGGAAGAUGAGGGAGAUUUGCCUGUGGUGGCUGAAUUUAUUGAUGAACGCCCAGAAGAAGUGAAGCAAAUGGAGGCAUUCCAGACCAGUAAUAAGUGGAAGCUCUUAGGAGAACAAAAGCAAGAUCUGUCUCUGCUCGGGAGGGCUUGUCAAUACUCCCCAGACUCUUCACCUGCAAAGAGGGUCUGUCAUGACUCCUUGGACACAUCGCCUCCUAGGAGGACCCGGCACGACUCUCCAGAUUCCUCACCUCCUAGAAGGGCCCAUCAUGAUUCACCAGAUUCCUCACCUGCAAAGAGGGCCCGUCAUGACUCCCCAGACUCCUCACCCCCCAGGAUGAUCUGUCAGGACUCCCCAGACUCUUUACCUCCCAGGAGGACCCGCCAUGAUUCUCCAGACUUAUUACCAUCCAGGAGAUUCCAUUCUCAUCUUUCAGAUUUAGCUCCUGAGAUAAACUCUUCAAUCAAGAAACACCGGAAGCACGAUAUAGAUUCUUCUCUUCCUGCAAAGAGCAACCAGCAGGCCUCAGAUUCAGACCCAUCUCCUCCCCGGAACAAGCAGAAACGGGACUCUGACUCGGACCUCUCCCCUCCAAGAAGGAAGCAGAAAACCAAAACCUCUGAUUCAGAUCUCUCUCCACCUGAAAGGAAUCAGCCUUCUGGAGCAAAGGCCACGCAGAUGUUUUCUGGGGCCAAAACUGGGUUGGUGUCUGAUGUAAGGAGAGAGCAGCAGGAGCUCAGGAGGCAGGACCAAGAAACCAAACAUUUGGAAGCUGACUUCCAAAAUGCUGAAACCAUUUUUCGAGAUAAGUCUGGCCGCAGGAGGGACCUGAAGCUGCAACGAUUAGAGCAAUGACGAAAAGAAGAGGAGGAGUCAGAGAAAAAUGAGCAGUAUGCUCAGUGGGGAAAGGGUCUUGCCCAGAGACGGCAGCAGCAACAGAAUGUAGAAGAUGCAAUAAAGGAGAUGCAGAAGCCAUUGGCCCGAUACAUCAAUGAUGAGGACCUGGAUCAGAUGCUCCGAGAGCAGGAGAGGAAGGGUGACCCCAUGGCCAACUUCAUUAAGAAGAAGAAGGCCAAAGAGAACAAGGAUAAAAAAGAAAAGCCUCACUACAAUGGCCCUGCACCUCCCCUCAACAGAUUCAAUAUCUGGCCUGGGUAUCGCUGGGAUGGUGUGGACAGGUCCAAUGGCUUUGAGGAGAAGUAUUUUGCCAGACUUGCCAGCAAGAAAGCUAUUGAGGAAAUUGCCUAUAAAUGGAGUGUUGAGGAUAUGUAA